UUUCAUGACUGACCUAACAAAUUCCUCAUUCAAUUAUGCAAAUAAAUUUGGGCCCUGCCCUACCAAACUCAGGGAACUUUCAUGUGAACACAGUGUCAUAUCACCUACUUUCUGUACUCUUUUUGCGUGAAAACAGGUUUUUUAAAAAAAUAAAAAAAAAAAUUGCAAUCUACCAUGCAUUUACCAAUCCAAAUUUAUAUCUAUACCCUGCAAAUAUUUCUCUAUUCUACUAAAGUGGUUUAUAAUAACCCCACCAAUUCCACGGACUUUUAAUGUUAAUCUGUUUGUUGCAUAAACAUCUUCCACCAUCUAAAGAAGAAAAGAAUGUCCAUAGUUGCAGAAGCUCCAGGCUUUCUCCAAGUUUUUUCUGAUGGAUCUGUAAAACGCUUUGCACCACAAGUAGUCGAUGCCUCAGAAGAAUCAUCAAAGGGAUAUAGGUUCAAGGAUGUGGUAAUUGACCCAUCAAAACCAAUAACAGGAAGGAUAUUUCUCCCUGAUACUCCAAGAUCCACUACUCAACUACUUCCACUAGUAGUCUAUUUCCAUGGUGGUGGAUUCUGUUUUGGCUCAACCACAUGGGCUGGCUACCAUUAUUUCCUUGGAGAUUUCUCGGUUGCAUCCCAAUCCAUUGUUGUUUCUGUGGACUAUCGUUUGGCUCCAGAGAACCGGCUACCAGUAGCUUAUGAAGACUGCUAUAGCUCACUUGAGUGGCUUAGUCACCAAGUAAGCACCGAGCCUUGGCUGUCUGGAGCGGAUCUUUCCCGGGUGUUUCUUUCCGGGGAUAGUGCAGGAGGUAACAUUGCACAUAAUGUUGCUGUCAAAUACAUUUGUGAACAAAUCAACAAUGUGAAGAUCAGAGGAUUGGUGUUGAUCCAUCCUUACUUUGGAAGUGAGAAGAGAACCGAGGAAGAAUUGGAUGAAGGUGCAGCAGGGCAUGUGGCAAGCAAUGAUAUGUUUUGGGGACUGAGUAUACCCGAAGGCUCGAACCGUGACUAUUUCGGCUGUAAUGUUGAGAAGGCAGAGCUGUCUGAGUCUCAAUGGAGUCAGUUUCCAGCUGUGAUGGUUCAUGUGGCUGGUUUAGAUUUUUUGAAACAAAGGGGAGUGAUGUAUGUAGAGUUUCUGCAGAAGAAGCAAGUUAAAGAGGUGAAGCUGGUGGAGGCCGAGGCAGAGAAUCAUGUGUUUCAUGUAUUUUUCCCUGAAUCUGAUGCAACUCGUUUGCUUCAGCAAGAAACGACUGAAUUCAUCAAGAGCUAUUGAUAAUUCAGAUGAUCGACACCACAACAAGCAAUGCAACAGAUUGAAAAUGGUCUUUUUUUUUUUCUUUUUUUCUUUUUUUUGCCAGUUCUCUUAUUACCUUGACAUGGUCAUAUGGAAAAUUGUCAUGAAUUUUCAUUUUCAAUCAAUGGAAUAAUGCAUUGCCAUGGAAACUAGUCCAAUUAAUUUGU